ACGGUUGGUAGAGGGCUCGUGGCGCGGUUUAUAAAACGGCUGGGUGCCGAAUUGAUCCGCCUCAUUGACUGCGGGAGUUCGCGAGCACACAGCACAGACCGCCGCAGAGCAACACAGUUCAGCUCGGAGAUAAAGGCAAGAUUGUGUUGCUGCUAGGCGUGGUGUGAUCUUCCUUUUAGCUGGAGGAUCACGCGAGUGGAUAAAGCGUUCUGUUUGUGCGAUCUUAUCACUGGAGGUGACAAUCGAGUUGGUGAAAGGAAGUUCCUAGCUGUUAGUUCCUCUUGUGAUAGAUCCUCCAGAGUGACCGAACGGAGAUUUCGGAGCGCUAGUCGAUUCGUAGCCAGUGCUUAAAUAGAACAAAUUGUGUUAGUGAUGUUACAAACGCGGUCACAGCCCGUAAGGAGGCGCCAGGUGCCGCGUCAAUCGAUCGCGAUCACACUGUUCGUGGCUUGCCUGGUCUGGAAUGGUGGUCCGAUCGCGGUCCGUGGUGCCGCCCUGGUAACCAAAGAGGUGUCGUACAUUGUUGACAAUCGGCAGCAGGCAACACUAGAGCCCUCGUGCCCGAGUGAGAUCUACUGCCAUGGGGAGCUGCUACGUACGGUGCAGAUGAGCGAGAUCUACCCGGACUCGAAGACGUUCGUCGACAUGAAGAUGCGCAAAUCACCGAACGAGACGCUCGCCGCGUUCCACGAGUUUAUGGCGGCCCAGAACAAUGCGCCGACGAACGCGAAGCUGCUCGAGUGGGUCGAGCAGAACUUCGAGAAGCCGGGCGCCGAAUUCGAGAGCUGGAUUCCGGGCGAUUGGAAGGAAAACCCACGGUUCCUGGAGCGCAUCCGGGAUGCGGAUUUGCGCGAGUUCGCCAGCCAGCUGAACCAGAUCUGGCACCAGCUGGGCCGCAAGAUGACGGCGGAUGUGGCGCUCAAUCCGGAUCUCUACUCCAUCAUUCACGUGGACAAUCCGGUGAUUGUCCCCGGUGGUCGGUUCCGGGAGUUCUACUACUGGGACUCGUACUGGAUCGUGAAGGGGCUGCUCCUGUCGGAGAUGUACUCCACUACCAAGGGUAUGCUGGAGAACUUCCUCUCGAUCAUCCAGCGGUUUGGGUUUAUCCCGAACGGUGGCCGCAUCUACUACAGUAUGCGCUCGCAACCACCGCUACUGUGCGGGAUGGUGAAGGCGUACGUCGAUGCUACCAACGAUACACAGUUUGCGAUCGAUGCCGUUGAGACGCUCGAGCGAGAGUUCCAGUUCUUCAUGAACAACUACGUGACCGAAGUGAACAACCACCAUCUGGCGACGUACGGGUACAAAUCGAGUGGUCCACGGCCCGAAUCGUAUCGUGAGGAUGUGAAUACGGCCUCGGUGUUCCAGCGCGAAGAGGACAAACAGGACUACUACUGUGAGCUGAAGGCGGCCGCGGAAAGUGGAAUGGACUUCUCCAGCCGGUGGUUCAUUAAGGAUGGUACAAAUGCGGGCAAUCUGACCGAUCUGAAGUGCCGCUCGAUCGUGGCAGUGGAGUUGAAUGCGAUCCUAUACUGGAAUGCGCAGGUUAUUGCCGAGUUCUACGGGCUACGGAACGACAUCCAGUCGGCGGAUAAGAAGCGCGAGUAUCUAGAGAAGGCAGACGAGCUGAAGAAAGCGAUCAAUGCGGUGCUGUGGGAUGAGGAGGAGGGUGCUUGGUUUGAUUAUGAUUUAAUCAACAAGAAGCUACGGAAAUACUUCACCCCGACGAACCUAUCGCCGCUCUGGGUUGGUUGUUAUGAUAAGACGGAUACGGCAUUGGCGAAGAAAAUCCUCGGCUAUAUCGAACGGUUGAAGCUGGAUCAGUAUCCGGGCGGUGUACCCAAUACGCUCCAGAACACGAACGAGCAGUGGGACUUCCCGAACGUGUGGGCACCGAUGCAGCACAUGCUGGUGAUGGGUCUGGACUCGCUGGACAGUAAGGAAGCGAAGGAGUUGGCGUUCCAGUGGGGCCAGCGGUGGGUGCGCGGUAACUACAUUGCCUACAACAAAACACGCGCCAUGUUUGAGAAGUACGAUGCUCAAGAGCUGGGCGGACACGGUGGAGGCGGUGAGUACGAUGUGCAGACGGGAUUCGGUUGGACGAAUGGCGCCGCGAUGGAUCUGAUGAACAAGUACGGUGACCGGAUGACGACAGCAGCCCAUGCAGUACAACCGACACCGACACCGAUCCCUGGAGGCGAUGGCAACGGAGCGCUGGUAGCAUACUCGGUCAACACCGGCAUCCUGGCUACAAUUAUUGCAUUCUUUGUGGGAGUUUUUGGGUGAGCAUUCCACCUUGAGCAGCAGCCGCGUAAUGUAAUGUAAUGGCAUGAACCGCAAGUAAUGAACCGCCUGUGGCGCAGCGGACCGAGCAUGACCGCUGCUUUGAGGAUUGGCACCGAUGUAAAAUGUGAUAAUCUUCGAGUUCGUUUGGCAUUCCGGAAUACCAACCCUACAUUCCUUUUAUCCCUUUUUGUUAAAAAGUAUUAAGCGUGUGCGCAUGUAUGUGCUAACAAGUAUUUCGCUAAACCAGCGCCCCCCGAGAGCCACUAUUAUGUGAGUUUGAUUAAAAGCUUGAAAAUUAA